AUGCACAUGCGCAGCAGCGGCUUCCAGGUAGAUCUGCUGCAUGAGACCAGUGAGUGGUGGAAGGCCCGGAGCCCGCGGCAGUGGGAAGAAGAAAACGAAGAGCAGCAGCAGCAGCAGCAGCAGCAGCAGCAGCUGUUUGCUGCAACGAUGGACGCAGCGAGAGGUCUCCAUGUAGCAGACACCGACCUUGUGCUGCUACUGGGCCGCGUGAAGAGCGCGAGAGAAUAUCAGCACUUGGCGGGGCGAGUUGGCCGGUGCGGCCGCCGCGGCGUUUCUGUGGCUGUCUCCGGAGAAGAGACUCAGCGCGCCCUGAGGGGCUGGCAAAAGGCUCUGGGUGUCUCCUUUGAGCCUUUUGCUGCUCUUUUGCAAUCUUUGAAAGAAAAAGAAAUAAAAGAAAUAAAUGAAAUAAAUGAAAUAAGAGAAAUAAAACAAAUAAAAACAGAGAAGACACCGACAGACACAAACCCCCAGGUGCCCGAAGACUCGCUGCAGCUUGCUGCAGCACACAAACACACACAGCCAGAGCCUGCUGCAGGCCAGCAGCAGCAGCAGCAGCAGCCGCCGCCGCAGCAGCAGCACCUACAAGAGCAGCUGCAGCAGCAGCAGCAGUACCUGCAGCAGCAGCAGCGCCCGCAGCGGCUGCAGCCGCAACACCCGCAGCAGCAACAGGUGCAACAGCAGCAGCAGCAACAACAGCAGCAGCAGCAGCAGACUGAGGCACGACACGAGGACACGGGUCUGCUGCGGCCCAGCUCUUUGCUGCUGCCAUCUUUGCUGCUGGACUAG